GUUUCAGGAUGGGGUUUUCGUUCAGUGCAGGUGGCGAAUAUGUGAACAUCAGUCAAUCAUGACUCAUUUUGAACUUAUAAACUCAAAUCAAAGAAAAUACUUAGUCUUCCAAUUGCUGUUCCAUGUAAAACGUCGUGCCAAUCUAAGGUAACAGCCAUGGCUGCUGCAAAAGGAGAAAACAAUACGACCGGCUUCGACUAUCAAUUAGAAACAUUGGUAUUCUGUGUCAAUGAGUUGUUGCAAAAGAAGGCUUGUAUAAGCCGGUUCAAUGUUGGGAGUGCAGUAAACGGAAUCGGUGUCCCAGAUAAAAUACGGCAUGCCUUUGAUGAUGUCGUGCUUCAUGCCGAAUUGGACGAUGGGCAGAAAAUUACCAACAUGAUACAGGUCAAGCAUACAGGAAAAAUGAUCGAUCAGGCUUAUCUGUGCGAUAACCAAAAAACGAACGUUUUAAAAUACUUUAAAUCGUUUAUGGCCCUCAAACCAUAUCUCCUAAACGAACUAAACGAGCUCGUUAUUUGGACUAACAUGAGCAUUAAAAACAACAUAAAGGAUUGGUUCGAGCCGUAUGUACCAGUUCAUCCGGAAAGAGAUAUUUUAGGAGCAAGCAAAAUUUUGAAAUUCCAAAGAUACCUAUUGAAAGUUGAUAAAUUUCGAGAAAUAUCAAGAGAUUUUCUGGAUAUUCUGCAUCCUCGGACUGCUCUUGUCGAACAGUUUAUCGAUGUAUUAUUCAAACAGGAAGAAUGGCGAUCCAAGGGGGCGGCCAAAAAGCACCACAGCGUUAUGGCGAGGGAGGUUAUCGAAUGCAACAACGGGGGAAACGCCACAUUCAAACAAAACUUUAUAGAUGGACAAGGAUUGCUACCGGAAACGGUUCUGUUCCGUGAGCGCUUUGAAAUGUCGAUGAGGAAAAAGUUUACUCAGAAGAACCUUGGCCCGUUUGUAAUGGCAGAGUUGAACGAGCUCAAGUAUGAGGAUCAUUUCCAGCUAAAAGUGGAUGCAGAAUUUGGGAGCGGAAAAAAUGCGCAGUGGAAAUGGGAAAACGUUUGUACCGAAGCGGAUUUGGAAGAGUUUCGUAAGCGUUUCGUAUUUUAUGUUGAAAUACCACGGGAGGACGAGUUUAAAACAAUGCUCAUUAGAGAGAUUACCCAUUUUGAAGAAUUGAUUGAUUUGCUGGAACAAUGUGCACAUAAAAAAAUAAUUUGUGACGAUAAAGUGAAGACAAUUACUACAUUGUUGAGACUUCGUGAUUACGUGAAUAGCGGCCCUUAUAAGAAUCUGAAAUUCGAUGACCUGGGUAAUUUGAAAACUGUAGUUCGUAAAUAUUUGGAUGAAUGGCAACCCCAGUCAUAUCUGAGUGUGAGGGGUAGCCAAGAUGUUGAUUGUACACUUUCUCGACUGAUUUCAGUAGUUGAAUAUUUGUUAGCUCCACUUUCUAAGAGAUUCUUGGUGCUGGAUUUCAACAAUCUUAAACGAAACUUUGGAAAAGUCCAACAAAUUACAAGUCACAAAGAUAUAACUGAGAAUGGUAUGAAAUGUUUAAUCAUCACUUCUGUUCAAAACCAUCGACAAGAGCAAGAAGUAAAAACCCAACUACACAGCAUACAUUUACCAAUUAUACUUGUUGGCCCAUCUCUGUUAAACUGCUUUGAAGAUGAGUUUGAUGUUGAACAAUUGGAUCACUUAUGUAGAGAUAAUAUUUUUGGUAGGCAAAUUUUCUUACCUCAGAACCAAGCGUGUACUGUCGGUCAAAUUAUACCGAAAGAUGAACUGUUUGUAAAAGAAAAUUUCCCACUGGUACUGGCGCUUCACCAAAAAUCCAUAAGCAUCGAAAGUAACGUAUUAAAGCUAGACGAAAAUUAUGUCGCAAGAAAAAUCUCAGUCAACGGUAGCGAUAUUUCCGAUAUAAUCUGUGACGACCAAUACCCCCAAAUCAUAUUUUCAGAUCAAGCCGGAAUGGGCAAAAGCACUGAGAUGGUGAAGAUUGCUAUUGACUUGCGUAAAUGUUAUCAAAACCAUCUGGUACUAUAUUUGGAUUGUAAAACCGCAAUUAAACAUGCAAAGUGUGACAUUAUAACAGCCAUAUGUAAAACAAUUAAUGUAAAGGUAUCAGCAGAAGAAUGUCUUAUAAAGUGCCUCAUACGACAAAAAAAUGUUAUUAUGUUGCUAGAUGGAAUCGACGAGGUUAGUGAAAGCUCACGAAAAGCAUUGGAAGAGAUGUUAAAAAAUAUUGAGGCGCUAAAUAUUUACAAGGUCUUCAUUGCUACACGCCCUCACUGUUUAGAAUUUCUUGAAAAGAUUUUCCAAAAUUCCAUUACUUGCCAGUUACCACCGUUUAGUAAAGAAGAUCAAGUAGACUAUCUGACACGAUUUUGGAAGAUUGAUUCAAUAUGUGAUGUACAUGAACAUAAACGUAUCACGGAACUCAUUGAUGAGCUGAUUGAAAGAUUUCGUAGAAUGCUGAAAGACGAAUUGCUGAUUGGAAUACCGAUGCAAACGUACAUGAUUGCUGUCAUUUACCAAGAAUCUAUUAGAUCAUCUGAGUUUGAGCUUCCUAAACCAUACACGGUAGGAUUUAUUUAUAACAAGUUUGUGGAUCUCAAAUUGUUAGAAGUAAGUAGCCGUCAAUUCGAUUUGAACUGUCAAGCACACAAAAAUGCCAUUGCUACUAUACAACAAAGUUUUACACCCGAUCACAUCGAAUUUUCAGCCAAAGUAUACAAUUCUUCAGAAUCAGUACCCGAAGAACUCUGCAAUCGACUUCAAACAAACGGGAUCGUGCGUUUAAGCCCAUCGAUUGGAUUUGUACAUUACACCUAUUAUGAGUACUUCAUCACUUUGUAUUUCCUUACGUACAAAACCGGUGCAAGCAAAGCAUUCAUUUCAUUUAUGAAACAAAAUUUAUGCACAUCCAGAUUAAGCAUUGCUACAAAAUUCCUUGAUCACCAUAUCGAUGGGAUAAACUCAACUGAUCAGCUCCGAUCAUUUGACAAUCGAACGGUUGAUGGAAUUUCAAACGAUUUCGAACCACCCUCAACGGCUCGACUUCACCCGGAAAAGAUACGAGAGUUCAAUCAUUAUCUAGAGCAGGUUUCCAAUACCGAACGGUACACCCUCAUUAGGAAUUCAUUAAAUCUGUCGGUGUUCAACGUGUUUGAAGUCCUGUACGACAGUCUGCCACGGGAUACCAAAUCUUCAUUACAAUUUUGCUUCGGUGAGAAAGCUGAAGAGCGCUUUGUCAAUCUUAAAAUAAUGGGUGGAAACCAGAUGGUGCACUUUCUCAGCAUUCUACUUAGGAAAAACCCCGAUACAUUCAUUCAACAAUAUCUGACCAUUUUCGACGACGAGGAUGAAGAUUAUCUUGAGGUGGCCUGUCGGAAACCAUUCGUUCAGGUACUGAUUUGGUUGGUUGAAAAUCUAGUCCCAGUGACCAAAGAUCAAAAUCGAGAAAAGCUCUACAGUUAUGUAAACCACCGCUUCGAUAAAUACUUUCAGUUGGUUGUGCAACACAACAAUGCUUUAUUUUUAGAAGAAACGAUUAGGCGGGCGAAGGACCUAUGGCCAAAGCAAACUAUCUACAAUUUCCUUAUCAAACGAAACGUACUAAAACUGUUCCUGAGUAACGUUGAGAUCAAAUCCAACAACAAACCGCUUAAAAUUAAAGAACGGAUUCAAAUGAUCGAUCAUAUAUACGAACUAUUGCGCUGGGCAAGUGGCGGAAGUGUUGCGCUAAGUCAAGAUUUCACCGAUUCCGUGGACAAUUUACAAAAUAGUGGUAUACAAAGUGCAUUUAGAAAUAGAUUCCAGAACCAGUGAACUGCCUACCUCUAAUUGAAGUGUAAACAAAUUAUUUAUAGAAAAGUAUUUUGAUAUAUUCAUAUUUUUAAUGUUUUAGACUAUUUACAGGAAUAAAUGUUUAUGUAAAAAUUAAAA